GAAAUACCUGCGCAUCACCAGCGCAUCACUUGCUCAGUUGUCGGUGGUUGUCGGGGAUCGCUAUGUAACCCAGCUGUGCGAUCUCGAGGAGUAGUGUAGAAGGAUACGGCGGUACUUUUUCAGUGAACAUUUCGACGAGACGUUUUGUGUGUGAAGUUACGUGGCAGUUUUGUUUCACAAAGUGUAAACUAAACGACUCAUGAAUGAAUAUCUUCGGCAUCCUAAACAUGGAGGGGACUCGCUUGAUCUCUAUCCACAACAAAAUCCAUCGGCGGAGUGGUCACAUCGCCGUAUCGUACAAAGGAAACGUAAUUGUAUGGGGUGGUUACAUGGAACACGUCCAAGUAACACCAGUGUCACCUAUUGUCAGUCAAUAUCAUUUUACCGAUGAAUAUUGGAUGUAUGACAGUUUUACGGAAGUCUGGAAUAGAAUGUUAACCAAAGGAGAUACGCCUCCUCGGAAUUCUGGGUCAUGCGGUGUAAUUAUGGACCAUUAUUUGUAUAUAUUCGGAGGGUACCAUGGUGAGGAAGAACCGGGCUCAAUGGAAGGCAACAGCAACCAACUGUACCGACUAGACCUGAGUACCAAGACCUGGGCGUGGAUACACCCUACUGGCAAACAGCCAGUGCCCUGUGACAAGCUGGUUGGUUGGGAAUACAAGGGGAAGUUAUACUUCUUUGGGGGGUUUGGCCCCCCAUCUACCAGCCCCUACACCCUGCCCUUUGUGCAUAUGCUGGACACAACAACACAGUCAUCUGGCUGGCCACGUGGCUGGAAUAACAUGUUGGUUUGCUACAACCCGGUGGGCAACAUCUGGGAGUGGCCUAAGACGAAGGGACCUGUGCCGUCGCCCCGCGCUGCACAUGCCGCCGACAAGGUUGGUGAUAAGGUAUACAUAUUUGGGGGCCGGUUUCUGGGUACCAGAACAAAUGAUCUCCACUGCCUGGACAUGGAGACAAUGAAGUGGAGUGGCAACCUGACCAAGCCCUUUGAGCCUGGUCCAGUUGGUCGCUCGUGGCACAGCUUCACUUUUGUGUCUCCCACUCAGGCGGUCCUCUACGGUGGCCUCAACCAGUUUAACUCAGUUCUCAGUGACUGCUGGAUGCUGGACCUAAACACCCUGCAGUGGACGCAGUGCCACUCGGUGGGAGGGAAGCCACGCGUCUGGCACAAGGCGCAGUACAUCCACCGGACCGGGGAGCUGCUCAUCAUGGGUGGCCACCGCAACAACAUUCUGGACCCGGUGGGGCGCAAAUACACAGGUGUUCUUUCCCAACCUCGACGAAGUUACUACUUGGCUCACGUGGCUGCUCCAGAUGAUUGCUGGAUGAUGCAUAUUGGCCCCGAGGGUCCAUACGACAUCUCUUGGACGGAGGUCCCUCUCCCCUAUGACCAUGGAGAGCCGCGCUGCUUCCACGGCGCAUGCCUGGUCGCACCUGGGGAAUUGGUCCUUCAUUCAGGGCUCACCCAGCCCUUUUAUCUGACGCGUGUCAAGCUCAAAGAUCACGCAGAAGAAUUGGUGGUGCUUAACUUUACCCCAAAGACAUUACUCAGUCGUCAUAAUGUUGUGUCUGGAUGCAGUGCUGUGUUACGGAGAUGUGCUCCGAUCAGAGUGGAACGUCCUUCCCAAGACACUGCAGGACGUGCUGAAGAUGCGGUUGGAACAGUGGGAAAUAUAAACGACCUCGGCCACCCACUACGGCUGUGGGGGUUUUCCACCUUCCAGAGCAGGUUGUUAGUACGUUCUACCUAACAAACACACAAGGAGAGUUCUUCUGGUUCUCUUAACUGCUUCACAGUUGGGGUAAGAGAACCUAAAGAGGUGGUGGAGAAGCUAACAUGUUGAUUUCUACCAGUUAACAUCUGUAAAUGUUGAAGGAAGAAAAAAAAAGAUAUGUAUUGACUUUAUUUGUUGACAGUUGGAAUCUCUGGUAAAGUAGUCAACACAUUUGUGAGUUAACCUAUAAAAUUCUGAUGGAAGAACAACUAUGUGACAUUGCAUGGAGGAAAUGAUCUUGACUCGCAUUGUCACAUUUGUACAAUUGCUUUUCCUCAAGGAAGCUAAAGCAUUUGUUUUAAUUUCACAUAAAUGAUUGUUUUGUUAUUCACUCGCAAACCAGUGAAAAAGAUGUCUCGUAUUUUUACUAGUAGCUUCCUUAUGCUGUAUUGUACCUUUGCCCGGUGUUCAUAAAACCAUUUAAAAAUUAUUUUUUUCUGCAGUUAAGAAAUAUAUCCAUACAUUUUUUAAAACAUUUGUUCUCUUAACUUGCCAAGCUGGAAAGAGUUCAUUGUCAUGCUCAUAUAAAUAGUUAAAAUGUCGAAGUGUUUAUAAUUGUAAGUGUGUGAAUGUAUAUAUUUGAAUUGUGUGUUUUGUUUGACUCUCAAAUGAGGUGUUGAACUUGUGGGAAUUUCCUCCCCUCAUUUCAGCAGAAAACGCAAAAAUUGAAAACAGUGCUUGACAACUGAUGCAAUGCAGUAAAUGUUAAAUGGUAUAUUUAUAGUGUGUACAUGUUUCAUGGUUGAUUUUUAGUUGUUGUUUUUGUUUUUGUGUAACUUAAAAAUUUCAUGAUUUUGUUCUUUGUGAAUCUUAGAACGUUUUCUGUUUUGAUCCCAAAUCAUGCUAUAUAUAAACUUAUCAUCACAGUACAGUGUAAUUUGCAAAGAUGUCAUGACUUUGCAUUGUAUUGCAGAAAAAGGGACGUAGACCAAAGCAGAGAAGUCUUAUUUUAGAUUUUUGUGAGCUAAGUAAAAGAAUGGUGAUAUAUCUGAUAAAAUUUCUAAAAGGCUGUUUUGCCUCCUAUUUGUUUUGUUCCUACUUUAAAUUUAGGAAAUUGUUUUUAUUACUGUACUAAAAUACUUCACUAUGUAUGUUGUGAAGUGUGGCAUUGUAAACGAUGUGUGAUAUGUAAAAUAUGAAUUGUGUGUAGAUACCAAGCUGACAAAGUUUCAAGCCUGAUUUGUUUAUAAACUAUGAAUUAUUUGGAUUUAUUCUGACAUCUCCGGAUUGACAAUAGAGAAUUAUGUUUAAUAUAUGGAAAUGCUAGUAAAGCACUGUUUCUUUCCAGUGUCAUUUGGUAAAACAUUUGGCUUUCUGGAAUCAGUUCUUGUUACAACUUGCUAAUCAAUACAUUCAGUGGGCCAACUUUUUAUUUAUUACAUUCUGAUUCUCAAUUUUGUUUCCCAUAUAUUCUACCAAGUAAGACAUGACUUUAUUCAGAACUAGGGAUACCUGUCAAAAAAAUGAGGGGUGUUGAAAUCAAAUUUCCAAAUUAAUAAUUAAUUAUAAUGAAUAGCAGAAAACAAUUUAAUAUCUUUAAUAGCAAAUUUUAGUUGUUUCUUUUUUUCAUUUCAAACUUUCCUUUAUUAUCAUAAUACGUUCUUAAACCAUAAUCUUCUAGGUGAUUGUAAAGUGAUUUUAGGGAGACUGACAACAGGGUACAAUUUUGGGCUAUUGUCAAUUGUUGCCUUGUACCGUGAAAGAAUCAAAUUAAGCUCCUAUAGUAUUUAUUAUAGUUGUUUUGCCUAUAAUUUGUUUCAACGUAGUGUGAUCUUUGAAUCGAUUAGCACAUGUUUUGAAAGUUAGGUCCACUAUUUUCCUAGAAAUUGCAUGUAGAGGUGUUCAGCGACUUGUAUUUUUAUUUAAGUCGUAACCUUUUCUUAUUUGUUUCUAAAAAAUAAUUUUGUACUUUCACACACGUUCUGAUCUGGAUUUUUGGUUUAUUUUACUAAUGGAUAGUGGAUUUACAAUUUGGUUCCUACAAAAGCACUUUUACCAUGUGUGUCAUGCACGUGUUUUCUUUUUCUGACUUUUUGUUCUUUUGUCCAAUUUUUCUUUGUCCAUUUGCCCCUUUGCUGUCUUUAUCCUGUUUGUGCCUUUUGCCCCUUUUGUCUGUUUGUCCGUUUGUCCCAACUUGUCCUUGAACACCACCAAUGUACAUUGCAACCUCUGUAGAUCUUGCAUUCUGAAGCAUUGCCAGUGAUUGUGAAUGGUGCCACUUCCUACACAAAUGCACAAGUGCAAUUGCUGCCCCUGUUGCUCAAACUGGAAACCCAAUUGCUUGUUGUGAAAAACUACUGAAUUGGACUACCAGUUGUAAAAAUAACCCAUUUCAUAGCGAUGUGGUCAGUUUGUAAUUUUUCUCCUCUUCCUUCUAUCCUCACGUCUUACUUACACACUCUUACACCAAUAUGCCCUAGACUUCCACACUUGCUAGGAGACUGGUUGGUAGCUUAGAACUUGUCCCCCUGAGGCAGUGCCCUGCUGGUGGGAGAUACCUAGUUGCAGAAAAAGGGAAAACCCCGCUAACUGACGGUAGGUUGGUGCUGGAUCUCUCUGUCCAGUGGGGAAGACCUCUGCUUCCUCCUGAGAGGGGGUGACAUGCACUACAUUUACGGUUCUAAUGACCUUAGCAGUUGACAUGCCCAGAAUCGCUAACAAUCAAUCUAUUACUUGCCAACUUUUCUUGAACAAUGGAUUGAAGAAAAGCGGGUAGAGUGAGAGUAUUAGUUAAGUGAUCAACCACUAGAUUUGAUGAAGCAAUGCUAGUCUCUGGAGAAUCAGUCACGCCGUUGCAACAUUCUCAAUAAUUUGCAUUCUAACUUUCUCAGGAGUUCGAGCUAUCUCCCGUGAUGGAUGUUGACCUGCCUUAGUUAACAGAAGUUCUCGUUUUCAAAGGAAAAUAGUUUCUAUUUCACGCCGGUGAAGAUGUGUUUGGAAUGUUGUCUUCGAUGCUCGCUGCGAGCUUUCACCUUUAACUGUGUAUUGUGUCAGAGAGGGGAAGCAAGUUCAUCGUUCAAGAAAAUUUGCGCAAGUAAUCUCUAAACAGAGCAGUCUUCCUGAUCAAUCUUGACAGGUGCCACCCACUCCCUAGACAUCCAGUUUCCAUUGUUUUAAAAUGGAGCUCAUGGUCUUGUAAGCUAUAGAGUAAGCAAUGUUAAGGAAUAUUGAGAUUAAAGAGCCUAAUUGAGAAACAGUACUUUAUUAGCCUUGUUAGUUGGAAUGUAGAAAACUGUUGUACUCCAACAUCUUUUAAUGAUAAAAUACUGAUUAUAAUUAUUUCAACUUGCCCUGUUGUUCAAAAUUUCAUCAAAUUUUCUCCCUUCCUGUGUACAGUUAAUUCAAUCUGAAACUAUUUAUUGAUGGCAAGAUACAUAUGUCAGUUCACUGACAAAUUACAUAAAUCUCCGGGGAAAAAAAAAAGAAAGAAAAACAAAAGGGUUUUGUGAACCUGUUUCUUGUGUGUCCUAAAACUGGAAAGUGCUCAUUGGUGUUGAAAUGUGAUAGAUUGUGUUGGUCUGAAGUAGAAUAGAAAGAUGGAAUGAAGAAAAGUAGAAAAUACAGUGUGGUUAGCAUUGUAAAGCACAUGUGUAAGUAUAUAUUCUUUAACUAUUUUUUUAAAAAUGUGUUGCGUCGUCGUUAACGCAACGCGUCUCUUGAACCCUUGUUGGGCUUUGAGCGCUUACAUGGAGUAAUCCUCUUGACUAUCUUUGGUCAAGUCUCGUCACAUUGCAGUCAGUCAGUGCCUUUUAUCCCUUCAGCCAUGGGCUGGACGCCAUUAGAUCCCAGGAUUCCUAGCAGGUCACCCAUCCAAGAUCCCACGGGUCUUGAAUUCGCUUAAUCUCUGUGACUUCACAGAGUGAAGUAAACGAAUUCGGCUAGUGACGCUGGCAUUAUUUUUUGACUAGACUGUACAAUUGGACUUAGGGUUGCACAUACAGUUGCUUAUCAUGUUGAAUUACAUAAUAAAAUGUUUGGGUAUCUCAGACCUUACUGUAAGAAGUAAUCAGUAAAAUUAGUGGUUACUGCAGAAACAUUGUGGAAAUUCAUAACGGAGAAGGAAAAUGAAGUUAUCUGUAAAAAUUAUUAAUAAUAAUAAAAAUAAUUAGUUUUCUCCUUUUCCAAUAAGUCAUAUUUCCUGUAGAAAAUGCUAGGUGGCAAUACUUAUUAUUGAAAAGAAACGGAGGGAAUAAGACUUUAUUGUUCAUAAGUAAUAUACCAUGGUCACUUACAAUCGUAAAUCGUUCAGUGUCAACUCUUGUUCUUUAAUUAUUUAUUAAUUUUUUCUGAUUCAGAGAAGAG